GAGCAGUAAAAGUUGUAGUUCCUUGGCAGCAGUCGUGAUUUAUUCCGUGAAUUUUUCCGUGCAAUCGGCCGUGCUAGGUUCCAAAUGUAGGUGUGCCGUGGCCCCAAGUGCCGGAAGUACGCGAUGCGCAUCGAGUUGAUCGGUUUACUGUGCUGGAAACGGGAUAAAAGAGCACUGCAAAAGUGAGUCUUCUUCCGAGGGGCUACCCCGUAUAUUACAUUAUACCAUUCACCUACAUCGGUGGGAACGUUCGCGUUUUUUUUUCUCUUCGUUCCACCAGUUUGGUGAAUCCGUGAGCUCGAGUGAGCAGGCGCCUUGGGGAUGUGUGCGUGUGUUCGAUGUGAUUGAUGAAAAUUAUGCAUGCCGCGAGUUGGAUGAGAAGCACUAAUAUCAGCCAAUAAACCUCGGUUCCCUUUCUGAGAAUGAAGAAGCUGUAUCCGAAGUGAGUCGUGAGCUCCAGUGGGAUAGGAGAUAGUGAGAUGGAUGAAACGAAUCGAGAAAAGUGAACGCGUUUAUGACACCAAUAUCUGUAACCGAUAGUUAAGGAAUUGCCGAAUUGCCGAAUUGCAUGCUUGUAAAUAUGUGUUUGUGUAGCAGCGAUGUAGUUUUGGGAUAAAAAGAAACGAGACAGGAGCGCAGCUUUAUGAUAAAAACAGCACUGGAAAAAGAAAUACUAUCUCAUCUCAACGCACCCGCGACAUGUGAAACGAUCAGAAGAAAAGUGCAAUCCCCGACACUCCCCGAAGAUAAUAAUGGCAACGGUCCGCUGUUGGCGGCCACGACGUGAUACAAAUUUGAAUAUAGAAUUGAUCCCCAAAUAUCAGUACCCAGUGAAGAAAAUCACCCCGCAUGAUGUCGAUGAUGUACUGGGAGAGGUGAAGUGUAUGUAAGCGCGUGUAUGUUUUGUUUUUUACUGUGUUUGUGUUCUGUCCCGUACGUAAUCCGGGGGCUAGUAUCUGCUCCGAUCUAGGCGACGAGCAGCGACUCAUCGAAAAAUCAAGAGGUGAAAAUUGGCCAACAGGAGCAGAGGAAGAAAAAAGUUUAAUGAAAAACUCCCGCAAUUGGGAGCGAGAGUGAAAAAAUCGCGCCCGUCAAUUACAACAAAGAACCGGUUACGGAAGUGACGAGCGCGAGUACUAGCAAGAGAGAGAAAAAGUGCAGAGCAUAGCGCCAAAGAUAUCGGAAAAGAAGGAGAGCAAACACGAGACACAUUAUCUUUGUUUUAGUUUUGUUCCUAGUUUUCAUUCCUCCGUUGAUCCGGUUGACCAGCAGCUGCACCCCAGGAAUCCGCCGAAUCGGUGCAGCACGGCAGGUCCCUUUCUGGCAAGGGAAUCCCAACUCUCGUACCAAUCCCCGGAGUCCGCCGGAGGCCGUCGCACUUUUGCGUCCGCCUUGGCAGUGACAUCCGUGACCCAUCCGUGGUACGCCAAUGAAUCGUCGGCAAUCGUUGGACAAGCCAGGUAUUCUGUCUCCUCCGGGUCCGUUUCUGACGCCGAGUCCAUCGCCAUCGAUCCCGGCAAGCCCGCGACUGCAGCCAUCGCCUUCGCAGUCACCAUUUCAACAACAUCAGCAGCUUCAAUCGCAACAACAAGAUGUACUUCUGGUAACAAAUGCCGGUCAUAUCAGCAAUACGACACCGGAUCAGGAUCGGAAGGCCGGAAUCACAAAUCGGCGGCAGUCAUUCAACCAGCAGCCACAGCAACAACAAGUUCAACUCAGCAAUAGCAGCCCGAACGCUGGUACGGUGUUGUAUCGACCAAGCCCUACGCAAUCACCGGCUGGAGCGGCGACCUACAGCAUCACAACAAUACCUGGCAAUGAGUUCAAUACCACACUGGUCGGUUCGAACAACAUUUCUCUGAACAACAAGAAGGGUCGCAAGUCCUCCACAACAACUGUGAUCCAUCAACCUCAGCUGCAGCAAUUGCACCAGCAGCAGUCGCAGCACAUCAUCCAGUCACAUGCAGGUCAUGGACAUGGGACCACUAUUGGUAUCCCCGCUUGUAGCCCGAAAGCGGCGAAAAAAGCAUUGCAACAGCAUCUCCAACAUCAGCAGCAGCAACAACAACAACAUCAUCAGCAAUCGCAACAAACCCAAGCGGUGUCCUUCGUGGGAAGUCCCAUUGCUAGCCCCAGUCCCAUUGCUAGUCCCAACGGAUCCAUUUUGGUCACGAGUGGUAGCCACGGCGGUUUGGGUGGAAGCAUUAUCGUACAGGGAGGUGCAGGGCCAGGACCUUCCACCGGGUCCGUAUCGGGACCACCUGGUACAGGAGUCUCUGCCACCAGUUCCGCUCAACUGAGGCCCCCAACACCACAACCCAUGAUGCAGCAGUUUCCCGUUGUCGGUGCCGGUGGUCAAAUAGUGCAAAUAUUUCAAGGAUCCCAGUUUAUCACCCAGCAGCCGGCAACUAUUCAGCAACAGCAACAGUCUGCCCAGCACCAAACUAUCCAGGGACAUGCACAGCAACUGCAGAAUCGACAAACAAUCAUAUCGCAAUCACCUCAGCACCAACAUUUCAGCUCGCCACCCGCAGCGUAUUCUGUUUCCAGCUCACAAUCUCAGGCUCAACAAUUUAUCCAACAAAUCAUCACAUCGUCGCCAUCUUCGAGCUCAUCCUCCUCGCCCGUUGGGACAGCGAUGUCUAUCGCUGGAGGAACAGUUGUCAUCGGUGGCCACACCUACAAGAAUUCCAAAGGACCUCAGCAGAUAUUGCCAAAACCGAUUACGCCAUCGGUAUCGCCGUCGCCGGGAUCUGCCCAGCAAAGCCCACAGCAGCAGUUUCAAUCUACCUUUACACCAGUUUCGCUAAGUAAUUCUUUAAGUAAAAACAUAAUGGGCCAGCCAAAGACAUCAGUUGUCAAUCCGACUCACAUGCAGGCAACUCAAGCUACAGCCGGAGGGCAGUUUGUGACACAGACAACUCCGCAAGGAUCUCAACAGGCGCAUACAACGCCACCGCAACCGCAGCUUGUUGCUACUCCACAAACAACACCGACUGCGACGUCAAACCCAACAACCACACCACCAAAUACGGGUUCAAUCAUUCUGCCUACAGGCAACCUGAACACGCAACCCCUUCUACUUAACCAAAUGCCAGUGAUAGUGCAGCAAAACACUCCACAAGGUGUACAGCUAAUACUAAGGCCUCCAACACCUCAAAUAGCGGCGCCUAGUCUGGUGAUACACAACACUCGGCCACAGUUGCAACAAACUCAACCACAGCAAGUUCUUCGGAUAUUGAACACUAAUGGGGCCAUGCAGUUGGCAGCUGCACCAACUUUUAUCGUGUCAUCCCAAGGUAACUUGGUGCAACAAAACAUCCCGGCUUUAAAAACCAACCAAGGGGUGCCACUUACGCAAAUUCAGGGUUUACAAGGCCAAAGGCAACCGCAACAGCAACUAGCAGCUGCCAUCAAUCAACAUUUGCUAAGUCAAGGCGUAGCACAAAUCCAAAAUUUGCAACUAAAUGGAAAUCUCACCCAAAUCCAGGUGCCAAAUGGAUUGAACGGCCAACUGCUUACUUCGUUACCUGCUCAAUUUCAGCAAGGCGUUACGGGAGGAUUCAGUAUACAGAAUCAAAAUCUCAAUUUGAAUCAAAUCGGCAACGCUAACUUUGCACAGUUGGCCGCUGCUAGUGGAGCCACAUUUACAUCGCCCCCUCCUGCUGCCGCGCCGGCAACACAAUCGUCCACACCCAGUGAGAUCGUUGUCAGUGCUCAAAAUAUCCAAUUUACAACAGCGCAACCUGGAGGAACGAUUACCGUCACGGCUCCCGCUCAACAUCAAAGCUCCCAAGGACAGAUAAUAACCAACACUGGCAUGGAAGGACAGCAACUGCAAACUGCUCAAAUAAUUUCUACUAUGACGACGGCUGAUGGAAAUCGCCAACAAACGCCAAUUAUCACAACAACCGGGGGGCAACAAGUGAUAGUGACCGAUGCCAAAGGACAACAUCAUCACUUAUCGCAUCAACAAUUUUUCAACCAUAGUAGUCACCUACAACAAUCAGUGACCAUUGAUCAGCAGCACCAGCAACAGCAUUUGCCAAAGUUUGAACCUGAAAAGCCUAAGAAAGAGCGAAAAAGCAAAAAGAAGAAAACAACUCAACCACCCAUAGCAACGGCGGCACCGAUUAUGGUGACGCCUAGCAUCCCAGUGAAUAGUCAUGCUCAAAUAGUGAACACAACUGUGACUUCUUCGACACCAAGUGUGGUGUCCCAUCCAGAGCCUAUGUCAUCUCCACCAACAUCCCCAAACUUCACAAAUACUCAUACCUCGACUGGAAAACUAGAUCUGGCGAAUCUUAUGAAAAUUUCAGGAAUCGGUAUAGAAGAUGACGACUUUAUGGAUACUGAUGAACCUCCUCCUGCCACGCAACCGCCGCCUUUGGUGCAAACAUCUGAUCAACAAUCACACGAAUUCCAACAUCAUGUGAUAUCGAACGAGCCACCGGUUUCAAAAGAACAAAUAAUGUCUCCGCCACCUGCACCACCAUCAUCUGCCCCUGCAACGACCGACAUAAUGAUUACCAUACCGGCCAAUGCUUCUGGAUCGAAUGUAGAUUUCCCGUACACUAUUUCAAUCCCAACAACUGGACUGGAUACUCAAGAUACUGUGCAGGUUAAAACCACUGUCGCUAGCGGCGACUUACAAUCGACUAAACCUACUAAUGUACUGCACAAUUCACAAUGUCAGUCGUUGCCUCAACAGCAGCAGCAGACAUCACAAGAGCCUCCACCGUUCAUGAUUACCAUUGAUCCUUCGAGUGACCCUAACUCGGCCCAACCUUUCACGAUCUCAAUACCUCGGAUUGCCAACCAGCCAACCAGCAGUGAAGACACUACGAAAAUGGUCAGUAUAGCAACAGUGGCACCAACGCAAACCAUCGCCUCUUCAGCCGUGAUAUCGACUAUGGCUUCGGUUAGCACACCUCAAAACACCCUGUGUGUUAACAGCCUUAUGAACAACGUUCUCAACACACAAGUAACGCCAACCCUCCAAAGUCAAAUUAACGAAAUCCAAAAUCAACUGAUGCAGGCCGCUGCUUCCUCAACUCCGCUUCCACCCAUGGUAUCAGCUGCCGUUUCGAGCAUAAUGGGAGGACAUCAGUUUUCGGCUGCAACUAUCACUACGACCAGCAUCAAUGCAGCUCCAAUAGUCACGCCCACUUUGACAUCUCCUGUGACAAGUUCUAUGGUGAUUUCGCCUAGUAAACCAAUGGUGGUGACUCCGACUAAGAAAAAAUCAGGUAACAGCAAGAAAAAUGGUAAAAAGCUGCUGGAUAAGUCGCUGGAAAAUAUAAACGCAACUCCAGUACCAACUCAAAUCGGUAACAUUCAAAUAUCGCAGAUUGAUGGUACAAAUAUGAAUAACAACAAGACAACCAAAAAUACAAUCAACAAUCAGAUUCAAAUAACCCCGAUCAUAGAUAAUAAAAUUCCAGUUCUACAACAGCAGAAUUUCGCAGGAACGCCACAUCUACAAUCGACGGCAAUGAUCAACGUUUCGCAUCCAAACGUCCAAUUACAGCCGCCUCCACAGCCCAUUACGCAACCUGUUGUUCAACAACAAGCGGCGCUACCUCCGCAACAGUCUCAUUCGACACAAAACAUACUGCAGCAGUUAAGCGGCGCCCUGAGCCUGUCUCUUGUGGAAAAUGGUCAACUCAUUUUAAAGCAUGAUGUCAACAGUCCCCAAGACAACCAGUCACAAAUGAUCUUGCAAGCAAUUCUAUCUGGUGCUUUAGGUAACGUAAGUCUAGUAAAUGAACCUUCGUCAAAGCCCUUAACGAAUGUUGCCCAACCGGUAAUAAGCCAGCCGCAACCAAUAGUUCAAUCACCUCAACCGAAAAACGUGGCAGCUGUGAGUGGACAAAUACAAUCGAAAAAUAUAAUUGUGACCAGUUCACAGGCACAAUCUGUCAUUAACACGCCAGGGCAUCUCAUGGUACACUCACAACCAACAGCAACGAGUACAAGCCAAAUAAUACACCAGACACCACACUUGGUCAACCAACAACAACAACAUCAUCAGCAGCAGCACAUUGCUCCACAACCGGUUGGUAUCACUCAGAGUCUAAAAGAGGUUCGUAAGCAUGAGUCAACUCCUGUGGAACCAUCUCCAUCGGUGAUGUCACAGCAGGUUGCUCCAGCUGCUCAGACGCAACCACAGCCGCAUGCACAGCCAUCCUCACAACACACCGUUGUAAUAAACUCGAAUGCCCCGAAGUUUGUGGAGCUUCCAAAAGUGGGACCCAACCAACAGCUCUUUUCCUUAAACACUCUUACGAACCAAAUCACACAAAUGAGCCCAGGUCAAACGACGGCUGCCCUGGGUCCAAUGGAGCGACUUCUAAUUGUACCUACCGGAAUCAAUGCACAACAGCUGGCGCAAUGUUUGCUCCAAGGACAAAUCCAUUUCAACAAUAUUGGUCAAGUUACGCAAGCUAGUGAACCACCAAAACAGCCACCGCCACCUCAAACGACCAUGUCCGUCCCACAACAACACCACCUGGUUCAACCACAGCCUGUGAUCACAAGUCAGCAACAACAGCAAAUGCAACCACAGCCACAACAACAACAUAUGGUAAUACAGAAUAACCAAAGCUUCAAACAGACUCCAGUUACAAUGCCUGUUACGAUGCCCAAUAAAACCAUAGUUACGCCAGUGGCUCCUGUUCAGAACAACGUAAAGCCCGAAAAACCUAAAAGAAGUCGUCCCAAAAAAUCCGACAAACAACAAUCGAUGGUCGGCAAGACCAGCCUUGUCAAAGUCAAUCCGGUUAGCAGUGGUCUUCCUCCGAAUGUGAUUCUGCAACCAGGACAGCAUGCGCAGCCAAUACUAGCUGAAGAUGGUACCAAGAUUGGCACUAAAAUCGUCGGUACGGUUAACCCCAACAACUUUGUAACGAAUUCACCGGCUGCACCUCCGAUCGCACAGGUUCAACCGCAAAUUCAGCAACAUGUUGGCAUCAACAGUAAAACCACCAUGAUCGGUAACAAACCGGGAUUUGGAAACCAGUGCAAUAAUUUAAUUGUGAAUAACGUCAAUAAUGCGACCAACGGAUCAUCCAUUUUAAGCAGCAGUAGUCUUAGCAGCAACAGCAGUAUAAGUAGUGUAAAUGUGUGUGUUCAAUCGAAUAACGUUCUAAGUGGUAGCAGUAAUAAUAAUAAUAGUAUAAGUAAUGUCGGUAAUAAGAAAGGCAAGAUUCAACCACAGCCUGCAAUACCACCUUUAGUGAGUGUAAAUUCUGGCGGAGGAACUCCAACGACGACUGGCUCAACAACGACUAAUAUCGGAACGCCAAGCGUUGUUCCAAGGGUUCAAACGAUACAAUUGACGCCCCAAAAUCAACAAUUACUGAAGAACGUCCAACAGCAGAUCCAAGUUUUAUCGGCGAAACUACAAAACAAAAAUUUGCUAGCGACGUUAACCAUUCCGGCUGAUUUCGAUCCGACUAAUCCUGUUUUCAACAAACCACUGCCUAUUUUGACAAACAUUCAAGCUAUGACGGAUCCAGAUAUUACACAAGCACUUCAACGACUCUUCAUUGAACAGCAAAAAAUUUUGGCCACAGGGAAAAUCAUCCCUACGAUUCCGUCAAGUCAUGCGUUAGCGGUUGCAGCUGCCAAUGCUCCACCUCCACCACCAGCACCGAUAUCAACUGCCCCGGGAGGUGCCGUGAUCAGCAGCACAGAACAAAAACCACCCCAACAGGCAAUUGUUUCACCAAUCACUGUUACCCCGACGACGGCGAAUGCUGCUAUCUUCCAAGGCGGUGCUAAUUUACAAACUAUUCCUUCGCCUAUACAAAUCAACUCCCCACAAGUGGCUAAACAGGAUAUAAUGCUUCCUACAUCUUCCGCUUCGAACUAUGUCAGUUCGAUUGUAACUAGUAGCAAUUCAGCCAUGUCCAUAACAAUUACCAACAGCGGACAUAUGCAGCAAACCAAACCGACAACAAAGCUAACCGGUACAUCGGCAACAUCGAUCAUUCCGAUUAGCUCGGCACUUCCGCCUCAGACAAGUGUCACCAUUACGCAACAAUCACCGGCGUUGACAAAGCAUCAAACUACCAAAGUAAUUUCUCAGUCGACUCAACAAGCCCAUCAGCAUCAUCAGAUAGUUCUCAACAACAAAAAUAUUACCCUGACAAGUGCACCUAACUGCAUGCCGAUGCCCUCGUUGGUUCCCACUCAACCUCAAGCUCCUCAUCUCCAAUCUCUUAGUGUGACAAAAGUCGAGCUUUCGCAAACUUCACAACAUUCUUCCAACACUCCAGUGCCCCCGCCACUGGUGCCAACCUCAAUGCCUAUUGGAACAGCACAUCAUCACCAUAGCAAAAGUUUUCCUCACCCUGGCCAAUCUAUUGUCAUCGUGAGCGGGUCUCAGGCUAUUUUAACCAACAGUCUCCCGCAAAACAUCGUCGGGAAUCUACCCAUAGGGACCAAAACGUCUGUCAUCCCUGCAUCAACGGGCGGUAUAGUUGUCCAAGCGAAUCCUCCAAUGCACAUCCAGUUGCAGUCUCCGCAACAGCAACAACAACAGUCAUUGAACAUUGUUCCGCCUCCUUUGGUCACUAUGGGAAGUAGCAGCGCUUCGACUACUCCAACGCCCGCCCUCGUUACGACAAACGUUCCGUCGAAAGUGCCUGUGACACUGACACCGGCUAUUAUUCCUGCGGCUGCCACGGUAACACCGGUCAUUAACAGCACCGCCAAUACAAGCAACAUUCCAACAGUGGUUCCAGGAAGUUUAUCGAUUGCAGUUUCUACAGGUUCCGGUGUUACUAGCAACUUAAUCAACACGAUCACCAGCAGUAGCAGCUCUGCUAUAAGUAGUGCGGCACCGGCAGCCACAGUGACAACGACCGCAGCUCCCACCGUAACGACGCCUACCGUGGUCACGACCACCAUCCCCGGCAGUACGAAACCGGUCGUUGUACCACGAUCAAGUUUAUUCGAACGACAGAUUUCCGUCGAUCAGGAUGCAUGCACCAGACCGGACACGAACACUCCAUUUGCAAGCAAACAGGAUGCGGUAAAGCGAUUGAUUCGAUACCACUGUAUGUACGAGGAACGUUGCGAGGAGAAUGAAACCGAAGAAAACGCCUUCCAAGAAGCCGUCCAGGAGUAUCCGGUCAUCUAUCGGAACAUGUUGAACAAGUAUCAGUACCUGCUCAUGCAGGAGUCUAUGCGCCACGUCCGUACGACAGAACUAAUGAUGAUCGAUCGCAUGUUGAUAGCGGAUGUCAAGGACGAAAUUCUCCAAAUGCAGCUUAAAAUAAACGAAUACCUUAAUCCAUCGUCAGCCCUCGGUAACGAUAUUUUCUUCGUCGAUGCUAACCAACAGCAGCAGCAGCCAUCUGUAAUGGAUGCAGGGUUGGAAGAAAGCAAAAUAAAAAAGGAAGAACUUCCUUUUGGUGACUCUAGCUCCUCUCAGGAUCAACUGACAGCUGAAUCAGCAACUACGCUAACGGCGAUCAAAGCAGAGAAUAUAAAGUCAGAGUGCAAUCCAAAGACUGAAGAGCUUGUAGCUUACAGGCAUCAACAGACGUCAUCUGAUCAGCGUCGUCCAACGGGAUUGUUCAAGGAAGAAUUGCAAGAUAGCUUCGACGACAUCGAGAGCGAAAUUACUCCUAGUUUCAUCAUGAAGAAAUGUGACGUUGGAUCUUCGACGACUGCCGCCCACAUUGCAGUACAACAAGCCCAAGCAUCACAACCUCAACCGGCUCCUUCGUUAAGUUUUUUCAAUCACAUUGGAGAAUCUCAGGGUAAAAGUGAUUCAGCUAAUCUUCCGAAAGCUCAAUCCAAUCAUCAUGAGUCCUAUGAUGAAUGGAUGUGUAUACAGAAGGAACUGAAUUACUUGGCUGAUGAUCGAGCUCGAGAUGGCGGCGGCAGUUCUAAAGCCAUGAAAUCCCCGGAAGAGGAAAUUAUGGAAAAGCAAUUGGAUGAUUUGUUCAAUCCAGCCAGUGGAGAGGGUACAAAAGAUAAAGAAAACAGCCGAGAUCAGGUGGAUUCGCCGUUGGCUGCUUUCUUCAACGCACAACAAUCAUCAAACGUCAACGCACCUCGUGGCGUCAUUUCUUCUGCGGUAGGUGUCUCAAGGGUGCCUUCAGAUAAAUCGGUAGAAAACCGGCUAGAAGCUUUGUUUGGCGAGACUCCGCUGCACACCCGUAGCUCCGAAGAUAAUUCUUCUCAAGAAGUAGUUGGAGAGAAACAAGAGGAGAAUAUGAUUGAAACUCGCUUGGAAGCUCUUUUUCAGGGUGGAGAAAGUGCUCUUGAUAACGCAAGUUUUCUUCACAAAAGUAACAAUUUUGAGAUAAUGCAAAGUCAGCUAAGCCAAAAGCGUCACUGGAGUCAAACGGUGGCCGAAUGUGGCUGGGGUGAUGGUACGAAUCCUUCCAAACGACCUUGUCUACCCGUAGGGAAUCGAACUCAGGACGAUGACCAUCGGUGGUUGUUGGAGUGUACCCAGAGUCAAGGUGACUCUAAUCACUCUGGCCAUGGCAGAGAGGGUGGUCAUCAUCAAAUCGUACAAGGACAGGGUAUCAACUCCAUCGGCUCAGGUAACAAUCAUAUUCUUAACGAUAAUGGUGGUGGUAAUGGGCACCUAGGAAAUAGCACUAAUAUUAGCACUAGUGGUAGCACUAAUAAUUCGAAGCGCACUUCUUGGAACGGUGAUAUUCUGCUAGCCUCGACGACCGGUGACCUGGAUAUUCUCGAUACAAAUCUCAGUCUAAGCUUAAACAAUCUUAACAGCAUGUGUGGUCCGGUGAGCAUAAUGACGAACGAUGUGCCAUCAGCCCAUCAUAGUCCGUUGAAGGGCUCGAAAAAUUGCUUCCAUUCACCGAUUCUCGGUGCAGCAGAAAACUGUGAUGAUACUAACCUAAUAGGUCUCGGCACUGGUGGUGGUCUUAACAGUUCUAGUCAUAAUCAUAGUCAUAGCGGAGGUAAGCUAAACUUUCUCGAUCGUGAUCUUCUAGGAAUGGAUAGUGGUGCCAGCUCUCAGGGAAAUCCUAAGCAGCACGCUCUUCAUCACCACCACCACCAUCUACAACACUCUGUAGCGGCCAACGAUCUUCAGCAUCAGUUGAACCAUAUUCACUUCGAGACGGGUGGCCCGGCUAGUUUGAAUUUCGAAGAAGACAUUAGUCGUCAGGUGCAGAACGCAAUCGAUUCUAUUUUGAACCUGCAAAGUAAUGAAACUGAAGCCGCCCUUCACUUUCCACUGGAUCAAUCGUUCCUGGCAGACAGCCCCCAGUCGAUCCAAAGACCUCCGUCCUCAAACAAACGCAAGUACCAUCACAUCAACCGUAUUGACGACAUCAGCGACUGUCUGGGUGGAACGUCAUCAGAUGUCGAUGAUCACCAGAUGAAUCACAUGUCUUCUGAGCACCAACUACAGUCACAACAUCACCAACACCUCCAACAGCAACAUCAACAGCAGCAACAUCAUCACCUCGGAACGGCUGGUAUCGGAUCCGUGGCCGAUGGUGAAACGGUGUCAACAUCAACGACCGUACCCCCUCCGAUGAAAACGAUUGUAAAAUCCUGACAACUUUCGGGCAUGAUGAAUUCCGCUAUUGGCACUCCCUGCACAUCCAUUUCACAAACAGCGACCGUUGUCAAGUCGGUUGUUCCGGUUGCUAGUAUUGCGGUAGCAUCAGCCUCGAGGGCGAUGGUCUAAAUUCAAUCAAGAAUUCGAGUACCUUUGUCCGAAUUGCGUAUAGCAAUUUUUACGACAGUAUAGCCGCAAGCCAUGAAUUCAAUUCUCUCACCGGGUCAUGGAAUGUUAAUAAGGUACCAACUUUUCAAUUUAGAUAACAUUUUUGCGAUUAUUGACGAAAUUUUGUUGCAUGCGUUUUCAAAAAGGAAAAGUUUAAAUUAAGUGACAAAAAUGAAGAUGCAAGAUUCAUCCUAUAAUUCAAUUGUUUUUAAAUUUUUGUGAAGGAAAUUUAAAUUCUGGAAAAGUAAGUAGGUUUAUUAAAUUUAUUGUCACUUUUAGUGCUAAGUGAGAAAUAUGAACAUUUUUAAAAUUUUUAUUGAAAACGAUGUUUAUAGUUUUUUUUAUUUUUUUUAUAAUACACCAUUUUAUCAAUGGAGGCCCCUAGACCCUUGACAAAUGUAGUUAGGUUUAUUGUGGGAAUAUCUACAAGGCCUCUACUAACACGGUAAAUUGCUUUCUCUUGAACUGUCUAGCUAACUUUCCAUUCAACGUUGUAAGGAAUUAUAGAUAACAACGUGGAAGUGUUACACUUUAUUUAUGUCAUAAAACUUGAACCAGUUUUUAUUUCUCUUAAGAAACGAUUUCAUAAUAUAUAUAAUUAGCAAUAAAAGUACAAGUAGUGCAGUAAAAAUAAACAAGUAGUAUUAAUUGCAACUACCUUGUUGUCAAAGACCAUUUGCAUUCUUUCGCUAAAAUGCUUUUUGGGAAUGACAAUUUUGCUUUCCUCAGAAUUCAGCAGCGAUCGUUCAGAAAUGGUGUAAGAAGGGUUUGCCCAUUUCAUCAACCCGCUAGAGUUCAUUAUCUGGGGAUAUAAAAAAUAUUUAAUGGAGAUUUAAGAUGUAAAGCCGAACGAAGUUACGGAUGAGGCUUGGAAUGACAUCAAAAAGCAUCUACAUUCAGUAAAGAAAUAAAAACUGGAUUUAAUUUUAUGACAUAAAUAAUGAGUGGGGGUAACUUGUCUACUACCGCACCCUUUAGCUUUUUUAGCAAUAACUUCAAAAAUAUAUGUUUGUAAAUAUUGGUUCCCCUACUGAUUUAAAGCGUACAACAUUAUUAUCUCUAAACCAUAUUAGAAAAAAAAACAAUUUACAACAUAUUCAUAACAUUUUAUGUAAGUUUUCACUGUUUUCCAAAAGUGUUGUCUAUGGUCGGACACUACGAAUUACUUCACCAAAAUUGUCACCAAUGGCAAAAAAGUAGCAAAAUGACUCAAAUCACUUGCACAGGUCUUGUGAGUACGAGUUUUCAUAAGGGUACUGAACAUUCUAUGAAACCUUUCAUAAAAGUUGUUUUGACAAACCAGAAUGAAACAUUUGUUUCGAAAAAAAACUAGAGAAAAAUUUUCUGACCGGACAGCCAAAUUCAAAGUUUCUCAGAGGACCAAAAUAUUUUCGUUUUUUGAACCCUUACCUUCUGCCAACCAUUUGAGGGUGCUAUUAUAGAGAUGAAAAAAUGAAAAUUUCAAGUCGAAAUCAUGUUUAAUUUUGAAUAUUUUCUUGUACGGUCGUAGCAAAAUCGCAUUUUUUUUUAAACUUUCCUAAUAUUUCGUUUGAACUUCCGUUUUGUUAUCUUAUAUCUACUGUAGUCGAAAAAUAACCAACCAACACUGACGUUUAUGAGCAACUCACAUUUAACAGGCCGAACAAAGUGAUCAAAAUAAAAAUGCAUAGUUAAGGCUAUCCUCUCCGUACUACUAGGCAAAAGCUUUCGGUGCCUAUCAUUGGUUUACCUUUACAGAUUGGAUAAUCAUAUUUCAAACACCAUAUCAGACUGCUAUUUACUUUCUUUCCAUGGUAUUAAGAUGAUGUUAAAUUAGGACAAUGCGUUCUCGAAAAAUCAAUGUUGUCCGGCCAUAGACAAGUUCCCCCUUUUUCUUUAACAUUGCCAUCCCUGUACUUUAAAUUCAUGUUUUAAACCGAUGAAAGUGAUUUCAAAAAGAUAACAUGAAUAACUUAAAAUAUUUAGAUUUUUCUCUCAUAAAAACCUAACAACCCAACAAAUUUCGUCUUGUGAAAAGUUAAACUUUGUCAUUUACUGUGACUCGCGAAAGAAUUUCGUGUCAGUCAAUCAUUGAAAGGACCGCUAACUAGACGAUGUGCAUUAUGAAACGAACCUUGACAAUGACUCGGAGUGGAGAGAAAUUAUCAUUUGCAAAACGAAUUGUCGUCGUAUAUCAACCGAUUCGACCUUGUCAACGACGGUAGCCGAUUUCCAACGAAUUCUUGUAAUCAGAAGAAAUUAUAAUUAGUAAGCAAUUACCUACCAAGUGAAAUUUCAAACUCAAAUUGAAUAAAAAUCAAAACUUGCAGCAAGGUGUACAUAGUUAAUUGUAAAAUAGACGCAACUUAGAACGAUAAUGAAGUAAAUAACCACUGAUUAGUGCAGAUAACAAAAAAGUUUAUUUUAAAAAUUCACUUGCUCUCGUUGCGCUUAUCGAGCAUUCAAAUAACAUACAUCAAUCCAAAGUGACAAAAUUUGAAACAGAACAAAAACACUUGUGAAUUAGCUAUAGAAAGAAUAAACAAACAGACAAUGAGAAACAAAAAUCAUUAAUAGUACGCUAGAAAUCCUAGAGCCCGUAGCUUUUAAGAUUGAAUACGAAGACGCGCGUUAAUUUUUAAGCGAAGUUUCUGUUGUGAAACGCGUGCGUUGAUAUAAACAAGACGCGCAAAACAAAUUACAUAGCUGUCAAACUGUAUCAUGUCUUUAUAUCGUAUGUAGAUCUUACAAGAUUGAAUUUAGCAUUGUGUAAGUAGGUAAUUUUUUGUUCAAUUAUUCGCCUUAGUUUCUCAAGUUAAUGAAUAAUUUAAUAUUUAUAAUGUAGAAAUAUUUUGAAAAAACGAAUAGAACAUAAAUUAAUCGGAGACCAUUCAGGUUCGAGAAUGCUCCAAGAGUGAAAACCCAUGGGGUCUAGGUUAGGGUCAGAACCGAUUCAAAACUUGGAUCAACGAACGCAAAGCUCGUAAACAAUAAGACAAAAGCAAACACUAGCAAAUUGUGCCGCAGAAAAACAAGCACUUCAUAAGACAGGACUAAAUAUAAUAAAGAAGGUUUAGUAAAUUUAUUUAAUUCGCUCAGACGCUCGGAUGGAGAAGCCUGCCGAUCGUAAAGAACUUGUAUUAGAUAUUUUUUUGUAAAUAUUUCGUCAGAAUUCGUUUGUUCUUACUUGCUUCGGGUUGGUAUUAUUAGUUCUUCAUUUUGCGUCCCUACAAUUGGUAACCAAACUGUAUUUAUGAAAAGAAACAAGAGAGAGAGACCUUAUCACGAAGAAUGUGAACUAAGCUAAUAUUAUAAUAAAAGAAAGGAAGAUAAAUGCACGAAUAUUGUCAGUAGUUUAAUACAAAACAAAAUUAAAACUCUGAUGGUUCGUUAAACAGUGAAAUCCGGCUCGAGGAAAGUCGUGCGAAGCAUUGACUCUCUGCGUAAGAAAAUGAGACCGAAUGAAACACAAGCAAAACGAUUGUUUAAAGAAAAUUGAAAAUAACUAUAAAAUAAUAAUAAAAGAAAGAGAUUUUAUUCA